AUGGUUAAAAGUAAGGUUGAUGUAGGACAAGGCAAUAAAAAACCACAAGAUCUUCCCGAAUUAGAAACAAAUAGUGUUAUAAACUAUGAUGCUAAUUCUUUAGGUCUGGAUGGUGAAUAUAAUAACAAUGAAGUACAAAGUAAGGAAAUGAAUUCAAAAAUUUCUUAUGAAGAAUGUCAGAACUUUUCUACAACUUCGUUUGAAGGUAGUAACGCCGAUGAAGUCGUGCACCAAUUAGAAAACACAAUACUAUCUAUUACAAAUAUCUCAGCUGAAGAAAUUCCGACAGGUAUACCCAGUCUUUAUCCAACGUUAGAAAGCAUUUGCCCUAUAUUGGAAGAUCUAAAACUUAGCAUAGCGUCGUUAAACCAAAACUCACAAGACAGUGAAUUAAACUUGUCCGAUAUAUCUGAAAAUUCUGUGGAACUGAUCUUCGGUAAACCACUACACGACCUUGAAGAACACGUCAGUGUAUUGAAUCAUAUAUUAUUUGAGUCCGUUAAAGACCAUUCAGGACUUGAAGAUGUGCAACGAUUAGGUAUACUUGUUAAGCCACUUCAUGAAUUGCAUACUACUUAUCAAAUUCUGCAAGAAAACGUAAUAUCGCAAUACGAAAGUCUUUCAACAUUACAUGGCGAUAAUAAUAUUGCUUCGAUCAAAGAAAUCCUACAAAGUUGUGUAUUAUUAGUUGAAGAGCAGCAUGGAUUGGAAGUUGUUGAUGAUAUUUCGACUUUAGAAGAUAUCUCAUGUAUAAAAACAUCAGCUGAUUCGGUAUGUUCGGACGCGCUUCAACUUGCUGACGAACUACAAGUUGGACUCGAAGAUAGUAGAGAAAUAAUUGAGCAGGAUAAAAAUGACGAUUUAGCAAGUGGAACAACAUCAAUACAAGCCGGUGAUAUUAUUAAAAAUAUAGAGGCUAGUAUUGAAACAAAAGAAGAUUUACGAAAUAGUAGUUUUGAAGUUUGUGAUGCUGAAACAAUGUUUAUGGAACCGCCAAUAAGUAGUGCAUUGCCCUGUGAUAUUACAACUGCCGAUGUAGUUCUAACGCCAGAAAUGGAAAUUAAUAAUAUUGUCCAUGAACAAAUAACUGAUAUCCAAAUAGACUUAACUCAACAACCUGAAGAGAAAAUGCAAAUGUGUGAUAACAGAGUGGAAUUAGAAGAUUCUUUAAAGUGUGAAAUUAAAAAUGAUACUAAUGAAAGUUUAGAAAAUAACAAUUUGCAUGAAACCAAUACAAAGAUCUUAUCUGAAAAGAGUAGUGCUGAUCAGUGUAACGUGGAUCUUAAUAAAGAAGAAAUUGAAACAAAGGUUAAAACAAAGCAACCAAGUAAAGUUGCCGAACCCGUAGAAACUUUUGACGAAAUGCAUACUAAUGAUGGUUUAAAUAUAGUAUCAGAUAUGCCAGAGGCUAUUCAAUGUGAGAUGGAUGACGAGAUAGAAAAAGAAGCCACAAUAAACGUACAGAAAUUGCAAGCAAGUGGUGAUAUCAUAUAA